UAUAGGUCAUGAAGCCAAAAUUUUAUAAAAUUUCUUAUGGCUGGCAAUAAAAUUUUAUGGUUGCGAAAUUAAACCGGAUCUGUACAAUUUAACUUUCUAUCAAAAUUCGUCCCUGACGCACUUUUUCUCAAUCUCAGAAAAGAUAAUCGAAAUUUCAAUCUGGAACGAUAAGAAAUACAUUAAAAAAAUAUUAUUAACGAAACGAUUAAAAAUAGAUUUAGAAACUCAUUUUUUUUUUUUUUUAGCGAUUGAUCUCAUUUUUUAUUUAUCGUUUCAAAAAGAGAGGAACAUCUGAAUCUGUUACGAGUAACGGGUAUUUGCUGAUCGACCAUUUAAGUGAUUCAACUGUAAGUGAGCGUGUUGUAAAUAUAUACGUUGCGUAGGUUUUGAAAAGAAAUUGAAGAAUUAAAUCUGCAAAAGUGUCGGAAAGUGUGCCCAUAUUCGAAAGUGUUAAAAAGUGUGUCUCGAUAUCGUGUGAAAAAUAUGCAUAUUAUCAUGGUAAUAUUCGCCACCAUUCUGAUUAUACAAUCGUAUGCUGUUGCUGAAUCAAGUGAGUAUGUUGACACUUGUAAUUUCAUUCAAAAUUAUCAAUGUUAUUCAGAAGAUACUAUUGAUAUUAUAUUUUUAUUUUAUUUCCUUACAAAAAAUGUUUAACUCUUCAAUUCUAACUUUGAAACAAUACUUAUAUAUAUUUUAUUAUGUUUUUUAACUUAUAUGCUAAUAAGGCGAACAGAGCAGCAUAUUAGACAAUCAAGCAAAAGAAAAAAAUUAACAUUACCAUUCACACCAACGUUGCAAACGGAGUCGUAUCAAGACAAUACUAAAUAUUAUAAUUUUCCAACGGAUUAUAUUUAUAGACCUCUUCAAAACAAGAAAUGUCCAUUGUGCGACACUUCUGUCCUUCCCUAUUGCGGAGAAAAAUUAUUGCACGAUGCAUGUUGCUGCACAGAUCCUUACACAUACGAUUUACCUUAUCAAUGUAAAUUAGCGGAUUGUCGAUUUUUGCAUGCGAAUAGUUGCAAAGAACAUCAAUUAAUUGCUAUCUGUUGCUGUAGUGAUGAUUACCGAUCUUUAUUGAAGAGUUUUUCAAAUGUUUAACAUAUUCAUUAUAAAUCAUAUUUUAUUUGU